AUGCCCCUGUGCCCAACGAGACUGCCUAGUCCCUAUGCUUCUGAUCGGCUGGUACGGCUAGCAGCCAGGCUCCGGCCAGCACUAUGUGAUACCCUGAUCACAGUGGGGAGCCAGGAGUUCCCUGCCCACAGCCUGGUCCUGGCAGGUGUGAGCCAGCAACUGGGUCGCAGGGGCCACUGGGCUGUGGUGAAAGGCAUCAGCCCUUCCACCUUUGCCCAACUUCUGCACUUUGUUUAUGGGGAGAGUCUAGAGCUGCAUCCUGGGGAACUGGGGCCCCUUGAGGAGGCAGCCAGAACACUGGGGGUGCAGUCCCUGGAAGAGGCAUGCAUUAGGGCUCGAAGGGACAUGGCUAGAGAAGAGCUGGGUCCAGGGCUGAAGAACCAACAGGAGGAGCUAGAGAAACCCACAAGGGACUUGAUGAGAGGCGUGGGGGCCUUUGGGGAGAAGCAGAGACCAGAGAAGUUUGUUAGAGCUGGUGGGAAGGAGCAGGAGACGUUGCACAGGCCGCGGCCGCCAAGAGAGAGCCCUGACAUGGCAGAGGCAACUCUGGAGGGUCGAGGGGAGCAGAUGAGACCAAAGGAGCAACUCCACCAAGCCCUUGUUGGCCAUGGCAGAGUCGGUGGGAAGCAAGAAGUGAUCAUGUGGUUGAGGGACAGUGCAAAGGGCUCUGAGGAAAGUCUGCGGGAGUUCUCUGGCCCCCUUCCGCCAGCAGGUUCCUUCCAAACUGGCAUCACCCCCAGCCCUUGGUGGGCUGAGGCCCCUUGGUUGGGGGAGGGCCAGCCUGCCCUGUGGAGCAUCCUUCUGUUGCCACCUAGAUAUGGCACUCCCUUCUCCCAUAGCAUCCCUAUGACUGGAGCCUGGCAAGAGGUCUGGCCUCGGGACCAGAGGAUCCCACUGUCCCUAAACCUCCACAAAGGCCUUUGGAGCCAGAACCAGCUGGCCUCCUCCAGCCCCACCCCAGGUUCCCUCCCCCAGGGCCCCACACAGCUCAGCCCUGGGGAGCCGGAAGAGUCUGAUCAGAGGCACACAGGUAAACUAGCAACCUGUGUGAGUCAGGUCGGCACCGCAAGCCGUCCAUCUCACCCACACCCUCCCCCACCCACUCCUGCUCGGUCUCGGCCCUAUUCUUGUUCUGUCUGUGGGAAGAGGUUUUCACUCAAACAUCAGAUGGAGACGCACUACCGUGUCCACACAGGAGAGAAGCCCUUCUCCUGUAGCCUCUGUCCCCAGCGCUCCCGGGACUUCUCAGCCAUGACCAAGCACCUGCGGACGCACGGGGCCGCACCCUACCGCUGCCCUCUGUGCCAGGCCGGCUGCCCCAGCCUGGCCUCCAUGCAGGCGCACAUGCGCGGCCACUCGCCCAGUCAGCUCCCGCCGGGAUGGACCAUUCGCUCCACCUUCCUCUACUCCUCCUCCUCGAGGCCAUCUAGGGCCUCGACCUCUCCCAGUAGGCCCUCUUCCUCCACCACCUGA